GACAACAGCAAUAGUUCACUUCUCUUGGAAAGAAUAUGCACGUAAUUAUUCAAUGGAACAACGACGUGCCUGCCCACGUUGUGUUGAUAUUACCUCAGACAGCAUCUCCGGCUGUAGAAGUCGUUCCAGCUGAAACUCUCAAAAAGCUCGAAGAAGGCUUUCAAAAACUUCAAAAAAGCCAAGAAUGCAAGUCAUUGCUGAAGAAGCAUCUGACACGAGAGGUAUUCGACAAACUCAAGCUACGUAAGACUUCAAUGGGUGCCACUCUUCUCGACGUGGUUCAAUCUGGCUUUGCCAAUCUCGACUCCAGCAUCGGCGUGUACGCGCCGGAUACCGAGAGCUACACCGUUUUUAAGGAGCUGUUUGACCCUAUCAUCGAGGAAUACCACGCUGGCUUCAAGCCUGAAGACCACCAUCCUGCAACGGUUUAUGGCGACAUGGAGAAAUUCGUGAACUUGGACCCAACCGGAAAGUACGUUAUUUCAACCCGAGUGCGUUGUGGCCGCUCGAUAAAUUUGUUUCCUCUGAACCCGUGUAUGACAGAAGAUCAGUACAAACGUUUGGAGUCUGACGUCUCCGCCGCGCUGAAUCAGCUCGAAGGGGAGCUCAAGGGCAAAUAUUACAGUCUUACUGACAUGUCUAGCAGCACGAAAGAACAGCUGAUCAACGACCACUACCUGUUCAAGGAAGGGGAUCGUUUCCUGCAGGCGGCUAAUGCAUGUCGAUACUGGCCAAAUGGUCGUGGCAUCUAUCUCAACGAGGGAAAAACUUUUGUGGUCUGGGUCGGCGAAGAGGACCACGUGCGAAUUAUCUCCAUGCAGAAGGGAGGCGAUCUUAAGACGAUCUACUCCCGACUGGUAGCCGCCGUCAAAACGCUUGAAAAAUCUCUUUCAUUUGUGCACGAUUCCCGUCUCGGCUGGGUGACUUUCUGUCCGACGAAUCUUGGCACGACAAUACGUGCUUCAGUACAUGUCAGAUUACCGAAGCUGGGCGCUAAUCGCCAACAACUCGAAGAUAUUGCAGCGAAAUACCACCUGCAGGUUCGCGGCACCCAUGGUGAGCAUACGGAAUCAAAAGACGGUGUGUACGACAUCUCAAAUAAACGACGAUUGGGAGUCACAGAGUUCCAAGCUGUAAUGGAAAUGCAAGAGGGUGUCCUGGAGCUAAUCAAGCAGGAGCAGGAUCUCAAAUAGGAUUGUCGCAUGUUUUUCGUUCAAAUCUAUCACGUUUAUUAUUAAGACAGAAUUUGGUCUCCUUUAACAAAAAGUAAAAAUUAUUUAUCGAGAUAUGGAUAUCGAGAUAGGGAAAAUAUGCGAUAGAAGCGAAAGGGAUAUGCUAGGAUGAGGUUAAUUUAAUAGGCAUAUGUGUAUCUUUGUUUUGAGUUUGUCAUAGUAAUUCAACUCGACAAUGUGCAGAAUAAAGGUAAUAGGUAAUUUUUAUUUAUUAAA